GCUGAGCACACAACGUACAUAAUAAGAGUGCAAUUAAAAUAAGAUGCGGCUUUUUGUAAGACACAAGGCACCGACGCGUUAAAAUUCGUGCAAACAUAUAUCUCACUCGCUAACAUCUAAUAGAAAUUCGUGUGUGAAGGAAUCACUGGUAUUCGUACAAAUGAAAUGAAAAUCAGAUCCAAUUAAAAUUAUUUAGAAUGUACCCACAAAUAAAUAUUUAUUCCAAAUUGUGGAAAAUCGUGUAGUUCGUGUAUUUGUGAAAGAAAAUUACCAUCACUCCUUGCUGUAAUAACAAUACAACUGCGAAACCUUAUUAUAAUGGUACAUGUAGCUUCCCAUAAGCCCGUAUGUCACGCUUCGUGUACCAAUUCAUUUUCGGGGUUCUUGACUUCUUCAAACCAAUCAAAGCACGAAUUGUGUCACGAAUAUUAAAAAAAGAGCAACUCACAAUAUUCUAGUGUUGAUGAAUAAAAGCAUGUGAAAAACUUCCAACAAAUAACUACAUUCAAAUUAGUUAGAACAUAACCUAAAUAAAGUAAAUACUUGUUAAUGAUACUCGUAAGCCAACCAGUACAGCACAGUGAAAUUAGUCAACAUAAUAUCCACAUUACGGAAGGAAGUAAGCACUAACGGAGGAAUGUGCGAAUGAGCCUCCAUUCAAUGGACUAAAACACUAAAAGGAUACGUUAAAUGGAACAAACUCAUCUUAAAUAUGUCCUUCUGACGAAUAUUUCUCAAGAAACGUCUAAUACUCACAAUACAAAUAUGAACAACGAAAGUGCAACGCACCGCCCCCAGUAUUCUUUAAAUACGUACAAUUCACAUCCAUUAGCAUUAACCUACGAAAAUGUAUUACCAGAAAUCAGAAGGAAAUACCGGAAAGUGAGAUUAAAAUGCAGAGCUUGCUCGUUAGCUACAAGUUCAAUUGCGAUACUGCUUUUGGCAAUGCUGCAAGUGGUGGACGGUAAUCGGCCGCCGCGAUUCGCCAUCGACGGUGGCCAAUCUGAAAUUGUUUUACGACUGAAGGAGAGUCCGGAGACUGCAGUAGGUUCCCAUAUAUACACGCUUAAAGGUAUUGAUCCCGAUAAUGAUCCUUUAGUGUUCGGUAAACGUCCGUCGCAUGACAGCGAAGUAAUACGGAUAGAGAAUACAGACGGCAAUGAAGCUAAUGUCUACUUGGCAAAAGAAUUAGAUAGAGAGUUACAAGAUGAGUACUCUAUAGUUUUGACGCUAACUGAUAACCGCUACAACGACUAUAAUUAUGUCACGCAAAGUUUCUUACUACUCGUGGAAGAUAUCAACGAUAAUGCACCGAUAUUUUUACCUUAUCAAAGUACCAUAGAAAUUCCUGAAAAUAGUGAUCCCGGUAUUUUAACAACACUGGAGGCAACCGACGAAGAUGAGGGUGCUUACGGACAAGUGGUUUACUAUCUGCAAGAAUUAGAUGGUGACAAUGACAUAUUUUCCAUUUCAACAUAUCAGGGCAAAGGUGUACUUCGACUAAUGGGCGCGUUAGAUUACGAGACGAAAAGCUUAUAUCAAUUACGUGUGUUAGCCGUCGAUCGUGCCAACCAGGGACCCGUCAAUACUGGCACUGCCACCGUUCUAGUCAAAGUGGUCGAUGUGGGCGAUCAACCACCUGAAUUUGUUCAAGUGCAAGCUAUUGCGCGUAUACCCGAGAAUGCCGAUAUCGGUACGCGAGUGUUGCAAGUACGCGCCAUAGAUGGUGAUCGGGGCAUCAACAAUCCCAUCGUGUACGAAUUGGAUGCGAAUGAAUUGUUCGAUAUCGACCAACAGACGGGUGUGAUCUACACUGCACAAGAGCUAGAUCGCGAAGAUACCAGUCAGCAAGUAAACGGUGCCUACAUAUUGAGAAUAACUGCAACAGAGGUACCACAGUUCAAAACGAGUGCAACCGAUGAGACGAUGCGGGUUAAAACAGAAGUCACUGUAAUCGUGACAGAUAUUAAUGACGAAAUACCAACAUUUAGACAACCAAUUUACCGUUGUGAAGUAAAUGAGAACUCCCAAAGCAAUACACCAUUGAGUUUCAUUGACGAUGAUGUGCAGAAUUUCGUCGAAGAUCAUGAUAUCGGCAAUAAUGGCACAUUUCGUCUGUUUUUGGAUCCACCAAAUGAUCUCUUCGAAAUCGUGCCAGCGGUGGCGGUGAACGAGGCCAAUUUUAUGGUGAGAGUGAAGAAUGCGAAAGCAAUCGAUUACGAAGAAAUUAAAGAGAUUAAUUUCACGCUGUUUGCAAGAGAAAUUGACGAACCAACUAGAUGGGGGUCCGCACAUCUUCAAGUUUAUAUACGUGAUCAGAACGAUAACUUUCCAGAAUUCACACAAGCGAUAUACAACACCACUAUACCAGAAAACAGUGAGCUAGGCACGAUCGUCACACGAAUCGAAGCAACCGAUGUCGAUUCAGGCGAUUUUGGCACAAUGGGUAUACGUUUUCUUAACCUACGUGGUGGCAUCGCACAUUUGCUACAUCUCAAUCCGAUUACUGGUAUCAUUACCAUCAAACAACCUGGAGACUCUGCUUUCGAUCGCGAAAUCAAUUCACUUCACUAUAUCACUGUUGAGGCGAUCGAUAAUGUGGGAAUCGGAAACCGCAACACCGCACAGAUUAUUAUCAACAUUGAGGAUGUCAAUGAUAAUGCGCCAAUUUUUUUGCAGCGGCACUAUGAAGCCAAAUUGCUGGAAAACAAGGCCGAUUUUGAAACACCACUGCUUUUAGAAGCGCGCGACAACGAUCUCAAUGGCACCGAGAACAGCCAGAUAACUUAUGAGAUUGUGGAGGGUCUUUAUCGAGCAAAUUUUAGUGUCGAUCCUGAGAAUGGCCUUUUGCGACCUUUGCACGCUUUCGACUACGAAGAAUUGGUUGAGAAUAGGCGACGUAUACGCCGACGCACCGAUAAUGGCGUACGUGAGAUCGAUUUAUUGGUACGUGCGCGAGAUUCAGGCAUUCCUAUGCUUUCGACUGUGGUUCCAGUGCUGAUUUACAUUGAAGAUGUAAAUGACAAUCCACCCAUAUUUCAAAAGAAUUUCUAUGCGAAAACUAUACCUGAAGAUUUGCCGGGUGGUAGUUCUAUACUGCAGGUGAUGGCAAUCGAUCGAGAUGGUUCUCCACCCAACAAUGUGGUUGUGUAUCGAAUACAAAUGGGAGCAAGCGAUAAGUUCAUAAUCAAUUCGGAAUCUGGAGUGAUAUCGGUUGCACAUGGCGCUAACCUCGAUCCGGAUUUGUCGGAGCCAAAGAAACACGUUUACACUCUAACCGUGCUUGCUUUGGAUGGUGGUCUGGGAAAUUCCCAACUAAUGAAUUCCGCUACGGUGAAUAUAACAAUUAAGGAUGUUAAUAACAAACCACCUGUCUUGGGGGAGCUACCGACUAUACGGGUCAUGGAAAAUACUGCUGUCGGUACACUAAUCUUCCAAGUUCAUGCUGCAGAUCUCGAUGAAUCUCCAAUAAUUCGUUAUCGUAUAAAUCGCGACAAUUGUGAGGCGCGCAAUGAAGAAGGAUCAUUUAUCAAACUAAGUGAAUUUGAUUUUGUAAGCGCAUUCGACUUGGAUCCCAUAGAGGGUACACUAAAGCUCCUAAAACUUUUGGAUCGGGAGAAAGUGGAGUAUCUAAAGCUAGCGAUCCGUGCCGAAGACCUCGCAUCUGUAAAGGGUAAACAAGUGGUGGAAGCCUUCUUAAACAUUAUCAUCGAAGAUGAGAAUGACAAUAAUCCGAAAUUUAAGCAGCCCUUCUAUCGCAAAACGAUUACAGAAAAUAGUAUUAACGGUGUUUUGAUUACAAAUAUACUCGCCUACGACAUAGACAAAAACAAAACAAUUACAUAUUCCUUAGAAGGAAAUCCCGCUAUAAGAAAUCUAGUACAUAUCGAUCCGCAAACAGGAGAAAUGGUCGUUGCCAAUAAAAUCGAUCAUGAGCAAUAUCAGUGGUUGAAUUUGACGGUUCGUGCAACAGAUUCUGGCGUUCCAUCACGAUCUGCACUGGUCGAUGUAUAUGUGUCCGUAUUGGAUGAAAACGAUAAUAAUCCGUAUUUCAUUGGUGGAUCUAAGAACUAUACAAUAAGUGAAAAUGCAGAAAUAGGCACUCGUAUUGGGACUGUGCAGGCAAACGAUGCAGAUUCAGGAGAUUUUGGCAAAAUUACAUUUCUCAUGGAUCGCAUAAGUUCACAGGGGAAAUUCUCAAUUGAUGCGGACACUGGUGUGCUUACAGUUGCCGAUAAAUUAGACCGCGAAAUGAAAGAUUUUUAUAUGCUAGUGAUCGAGGCAUGGGACAACUACCAGUUUGGUUUCUUAGCGGGGGAAAGUCGCAACGCCUUCAAACAAAUAUUCAUAUCCAUACUAGACGAAAAUGAUAAUGCACCCGAGGUUUUUCUACCCACAAACUGUGUGCUCAUUACUGAAUAUCAUGAAUUAAAUGAAAAAAUAGCGACUAUUCGUGGCAAGGAUGCCGAUGAUCCGAAUUCGCCAAACGGACGCUUGGAAUUUCAAAUAACGAAGGGCAAUAAAUACGAUCUUUUUGAAUUACAUCAGAUCGAUGAUUGGACUGCAAAUAUUUUCGCUCGCACACCCUUACGAAACAAAUUUGGCAAUCACACAAUCACAAUAACUACGCGAGAUCUAGGUGUACCCUCGAAUAUCGUAACCAAAACAUUAGACAUCUGUAUAUCAGAUUUCAACGAUCAUCCGCCCGUUUUUGUUACACCUUUACACAACACGACACUACGUAUACCUGAGAACACUACUGUGGGCACUCAGCUACUGCAAGUGGUGGCCACCGAUGAGGAUAUUGGCAUGAAUGCAUUAGUACGCUAUCGCUUAAAACCCGAUCCUCUGGGCAGCUAUAAAAUAUUUGAAAUCGACAGUGAAACGGGACAACUAUUUUUGAAGGAGAAUUUGAGCCGUGAGAAGCAGAAGAUUCAUGAGAUAAGAAUCGAGGCAUAUGAUCAGGGUCUUCCUACGUCUCUAAGUGCCGACUUGGAUUUGACAAUAUAUAUAAGAAACGUGAAUGAAUACGAACCACAAUUUGUGGUUGAAGAGAUACACGUUAACUUUACAGAGCAUGCCGAUCCAGGUUCGGAGCGCGUUAAAUUACCCGACACGAUAGACAAAGACGAAGUGGAUGAUCUCGACGACCCGCCCAGCUUGAUUUGUUAUUUCAUUGUAAAAGGCAAUGAAUUGGGUUACUUUAAACUCCAUCCAGAAACGCACAUCCUCAGCGUCGAAAAAGAACUUGAUCGUGAAGUGAUCGCCAACUACUCGCUCUAUGUGAGAGCCACGGAGAAUUGUGCAAAUGAUGAGUUUUCAGCGAAUCGUCGUUUGGAUAACUUCGUAGAACACAAUGAUCAGACACAUGUACUGACGAAUAUUGGACGAAAGCAGGCUGGAUUUUUGCGAAAUACAGAAUAUUUCAAUCGUUACAAGCACUCGCGAAAUUUGCGUUCAACUAACGACGUUGAAGCUGAAGCUGAAAAUGACAACGGCUCUUAUGAGUUGUCCAAUGAGAAUAGUAAUCCAACUAGUGAAGAGCUACUAUUAUUUGAUAGUACAGUGGUGCGCGUACGUGUUCGCAUAUUGGACAUUAAUGACAAUCCUCCACAUUUUCGCACAAAGGUAUUCACUGGUGGCAUAACCACAAGUGCAGAUUUUGGCACACAUUUCAUGCGUGUGGAAGCUGUGGAUCCGGAUGAAGGGGUGAAUGCGCAGAUCUCAUACUAUAUAAUAGGCGAUAUCAGACAAACAUUGUCCGAGGGUUUGGAAAAUGUUAAAAAGGCACCAUUUCUGGUUGAUCGCGAAACGGGUGACGUGCAAUUAAAUUUCGAUCCACAGAAGGGGAUGAAAGGUUAUUUCGAUUUUAUGGUGCUGGCGAAUGAUACCUUAGGAAUGAAAGACGUGGCACAUGUAUUUAUCUAUUUGCUUAGAGAGGAUCAAAAAGUGAAAUUUGUUUUUCGUCUGCAGCCGGAUGAGCUGCGACUAAAAAUUAACGCCUUCAGAGACACGCUUAGCAACGUCACUGGUGCAAUUGUCAACAUAGACGAAAUUAAGGUGCAUGAAAAUAAGGAUGGAUCCGUUGAUAAGACCAAAACUGACCUGUACAUGCAUUUGAUUGAAAGAGAGGACAAUUCUAUAUACGAAGUGCCUGAGGUGUUAAAGCUAAUCGAUCUGCAUAUUGAACAUCUUGAUGAUCUGUUCAAAGAGCUCAAUGUGUUGGAUACACAGGCAGCGGAGGCUGAAUUGCUUAUAGCCGGACCGCCGAAGCCUAUGUUUGUUUGGUUGAUUUUUACGAAUUUGUUUUUAGCCACUUUGUUAGUAGUGACAUUGGCUCUGUGCGCUUCCCAGCGGAAAGGCUAUAAGAGGCAACUUCGCGCCGCUAAAGUAAACAUAUUCCGGAACUCAUCAUUGUCAUUGCACAACAACACAGAACCGGCAACAAGAGUGCCCAAUACGAAUAAACAUAGUGUACAAGGUUCAAAUCCGAUCUGGCUGAAGGGUUACGAAAAUGAAUGGUUCAGAACUAACGAGAAUCUUAGUCAAGGCGGUCAAGACUCGUUGGACGACAAUUUCCUUGCCAUUGGCACGCAGGAUAUACACGAAACGCUGAAAGGCACCGCAAAGCUAUUCAAUCAUACAAAUGACCUCAACCGACAUUUUAAUGUUUAUAAUCAAAUUGAUAAAUUAACAAAUAAUGCUCAAAUCUUAGCGCGUAAGUUAGAGACUACCGAAUUAUGAGAGACAACAUUACAUUACUAUGUAUGGUAAAUUGUUAGGAAAUUAGCUCUAAUGUUAAUUUAUUUUUUGUAAAUAAAAUUGAUAUUUUGAUAUGGAAAUGUUUAUAUUUCAAUCAAAGAAUUAUUAUUUAGUUGUUACCGGAAAAGUGUACAAGAUUCUAAAUACUAAAUAUUACUGAUAUUUAUACUUA